AUUUUUGGUGCACAGCUACUUUAUGUAUUAUUAGAGUGCGUAUCCGACGUUGCCGUCCGCGAAAUUACUGAGUGUUAUAAAGAUGGUCAAACGGAUCAAUGUCAAUGGCUUCCAUUGGCUCCAUUCGGAAAUUAUUCUCAAUGGAGCAAUGGAGCAAUGUCAAUGGAGUUGUUCUCCAUUCGUCCCAAUGGAUAA